AUGGCCUUCAUAGACCUCACCAAAGCCUUCGACUCAGUGAGCCGUCAGGCCUUCUGGCUGGUACUGGCAAAGAUUGGCUGCCCAGAAAAAUACGUCCGGGUACUGAGACUGCUGCAUGACAAUAUGUCAGCCACGGUACUCAGUGGCAGUGGAGACGAAACUGAACCCUUCCGGGUCGACACAGGAGUCAAACAGGGAUGUGUCAUCGCUCCAACACUAUUCUCCAUCUUUGUUGCUGCUAUCCUACAUCUCACAAUGACAGGGUUCCCGUACCCCAGCACAGGAGCAGCUGUGGCCUACAGAGGUGCCCAUUUGAGAGGGAGGGGUCGCGCCGUCUACAACACAUUCCGUGCUGCACCCCCUCCUCCACCCAUCCCUGCCUAUGGAGCUGUGGUCUACCAGGAUGGCUUUUAUGGUGCAGAAAUAUAUGGCGGGUAUGCAGCGUACAGAUAUGCCCAGCCAGCUGGCACUGCUGCAGCUGCGUACAGUGACAGUUAUGGCAGAGUCUAUGCAACAGCAGACCCAUAUCACCAUGCGAUUGGUCCUGCAGCUACCUACAGUGUGGGGACUAUGGCUAGCCUUUACAGAGGAGGGUGCAGUCGCUUCACUCCCUACUAGAAAGAGAGAGACACGCCCCAUUUGCUCUCCCGCAAAACAGAC